UGAAAUGAACAUUCACAAAUCAUGUGUGAAAAUUGUGGAAGAGACAUGCAUAGGUACCAUUCGUAAUAAGAAGGAUAAGAGGAGAGAUCGUAUGUCUGGAAUAAUGGAAAACAUUAUAGGAAAAAAUCGAAAACCAAGCCAGUCCACACCAGGUUCGAUUGAACGAACCAAGAAGUCAAAUGAAGACUGGAGUAUACAUUCAGAAACAGGGUUUUCCUAUCUGUAUGGGAGCAGCGGUGAAAGCCAAAUCGACGGUGGAGAGAGAACCGCAGUAUCUUUCCGGUGUGAGCCCAGUCGAGAUCGAAUAGAAAGUGAAAGUGAAGAUUGUCAGGCAUUUCACACGGACAAUACUUCAAGUACCAUGGAUGACCCUAAUCUCGUCAAGAAAGGCAACUCCAUUGGUCGCUCGGAAAGCUUUCGUCAGCAGAGAGAAAACAGAGUACCUAUAAGAAAACGAAGUGAUCCAAAUAUUCCAAGGUCAAAAAGUGAUGCAGAAGUAGAUGAAAAAAAUACGUCUGACCUCAACAACUCAGGUAGCUCAUCUAAUUCAAGCUUGUCAACAAGAAGUCUUGACAGUCCGAGCAUCUCUGUAGAAAUGGUGCACAAAACUCCUGGAGGCACACCUACAGAUUCAGCCUCAAGUUCAGUUCCUUCCACUGGUCCAUCACCGUCCACUGUUCCUCCUUCAUCGUCCUCGUCCAACUUCCAUCAGUUGGAUGAUUCAGACCUGGAUGCAGAAAAUGAUCCACCUAAGUGGCAAGAAAAUGUGAAUAUUAAUGUGAUACGUCUUAUGAAGCCCAAAGAAAAAAAACGUCAAGAUGUGAUAAAUGAACUUUUUCAUACUGAACGCACGCAUGUACGAAACCUUAAAGUGCUGGAUAAGCUGUUUUUCAAGCCCAUUCAACAGGAACAACUUUUAACCCAAGAUCAUUUGUAUCUUCUGUUUCCUAAUUUGGAAGAGAUGUUGAAGAUCCACAGUAAUUUUAACAAUAUAAUGAAAGUCUGCAGGCGGGAACAGCAGGUUGUUGGAGAUGUGGGAAGCAUCAUGCUUGAAAUGCUUGACGGCCAUUCAGGUGAUAGGCUCAAGAGUGAAGCAGCAACAUUUUGCCGCAACCAGUCUACUGCUUUAGAGUUGCUAAAGAAUAAGCAGAAGAAGGAACAGAAACUAGCACAAUUUUUGUCUGAUGCUGAAGCAAAUCAACUCUGUAGGAGGCUACAGCUUAAAGACAUUAUUGCCACUGGCUUUCAGCGACUGACAAAGUAUCCACUUCUUUUGGAAAAUAUUGCAAAAUACACACCACAAAACUCCGAAGAACACAGCAGACUACUGCGGGCAGUACACUGUAGCAAACAAAUUUUGGCAUAUGUUAAUCAAGCUGUUAAAGAAGCAGAAAAUGAACAUAGACUUAGUGAGCUUCAGAAAAAGAUGGACAGAAGUGCUUUUGAGAAGGUUGAAGCACCUAUUGUUCAAAAUUAUCGACAUCUGGACCUAACAAAGCACAGAUUAAUCCAUGAAGGCCCUUUAAUUUGGAGGUUACAUAAACAGAAAACAAUUGAAAUGCACGUGGUGCUAUUUGAAGAUAUUCUGGUGUUGCUUCAGAAGCAGGAUGAUAAGUUGUUGCUGAAAUUUCACAGUAACAAUCUGAUGUCAGGCCGAGAAGACACCAAAAUUACCCAUAGUCCAAUACUUCGUGUACAGAACCUGUUCACAAGGAAUGUGGCUACAGAUAGCAAAGGUUUCUUUCUUGUUUCAACAUCUGAACAACAUGCUAUCUAUGAAUUUGUGGCCUCUUCAGCUUCAGAAAGAAAAAUGUGGUUAAAGCAUAUCACAGAAGCUGCUGAAGCUCACAAACCCAGGCACAGCCAGUCAGCAAAAUGUCAGGAUUCCUCACCAACAUUACCAGAAAGACAAGAUAAUACUCAAGGAAAUAAUUUGGCAAAAAACAAAAUGAUGCCUAACAUUAUCACUGAUGAUUCCAUAAAGAUCAGAAAAUACUCUUUGGACCAAGAUCAUCCCGAAGUAAUAAACAAUGCGGAAUCAACAGAGACAAGAGAAUCAAGUAGCACCGUCUCACUUACUGCUCAUCCUACACCCGACACUGAAGUAUCUAGUCCAAACUCUUCUAGUACUUAUCUUCCUGAAGAGGACUCUUCAUCAUUAUCACCACAGAAAGAAGCCCCUUCUCCAUGUAGUUCAGUUGAAGACCACCAACAGAGUCUUCAGGGAGUAGAACUGAUCCACGUGCCUUCUGAGCCACAAUUGAUAGAACCAUCAGAAAUCAAAGUCAGUGAAAGUACUGUUCUUCAAACUGCUGUACCUCUACUGACUCCAAUAGAAAUGGUACGUCGCAAGGAUAAACAGAUUGCAGAAGCUUUGGCAGAGAAACAAGACCUCGUUUCCAAGAUUUUACAGAUUCCUAGAGAGGAGUUUGAACAUGUUACUGAGACAGCAAAUGAAUAUGAGGUUGCAACUGAUGUAAAACAAUUAGUUCUGGCAUCUAUCCACCAGGCUAAUCAACUUGCAGGAAUUGUAAAUGAAGGCCUAAGAGUGUAUGAAGAUGACAGAAUUAGUAAUACUGAAGUUGUUGCUGACGAAGACAACGGUGUUUACUCUGAAACCCCAUCACUCAUAGAUCCAAAAAAGGCAGGCAGACUUCCAGGUUUUCCUCCAUUAGAAAAAUUGUUGGACAUAUCCUGCAAAUUGAAUAGACAGUUGACCCAAAUCUUGUCACAUGUGACAGACAAGGAAGAAGAGAGGAUACAGUUACAACUAGAGCUUCAUACAUCAAGAGAACAACUCCACUUUCUUCAUGAAACUCAUCGUCUUUGUUGUGGCAUGAUAUCUCGUUCCCCUAGCAACUUGAGUGUGAAUCAGUCUCGAGCAAACAGCUUCAUAUCCUCCACGUCUGACCCAGUAGAUGAAAAUGAAGAUAAAACAGAUAUACUAACAGGUGAGAAAUUCAAAGAAGUUGAAAAUGACGAAAUUUCUGAAGAAGAGAAGCAAAACAGUUUUGUUGGGGAUGAAGAAAUAAAUAAAGUGGAGCAGGUGCAGCCUGAAGAGGAAGAUGAAAACACAGAUAUUAAUUUUGUUUAUAUGACUGAAGAAGAGAAGUUUAAAAACCAAAGUACUUCAACAGACACAAGGCCAUACCAGAGAUAAAGAAAGUAGUUUAGAUAAGGAAGAAAACAUUCAACAAGAUAUUCUUGAUGAAGACCAAGAGUUAAAUGCAGAGUGUCUCAACAAAUAUGAAGAAGAAUUGAAGGAAACCUGUGAGGAGGGAUUGGAAAAACUGCCUAAUAAGAAAGUAAAUGAUUGUGAGGAUGAAAAACGACUGCACAGCUUGGAGGAAACACAAGAGGAAAAUCAUCAUAACGACGAUCAUGAAAAAGUAAUGAAUAAAGAGUUUGGAAAAUGCAUGAAAAAUCAUGAGGACAGGAAUGAAGAAGGUGGUGAAUGCAAGGUGUAUCCAGAACAGGACAUGGAAUCUAAUGGACUUAGUACUCCAACGGAACACUUUGUUGAUGCUAUAUCUGGAGAGGAGAAUAUUUCCGAGUAUCCGGUUACAGAUAUAGAUCAUGAAGAAUUUGGUGAUAAAUGCCGUGAUAAUCAACGAAACUUAGCAGGAGAAACAAGUUCAUUGCCUUGUUCAACAGGAAAUAUAACUGUUGAAGACCAAGCAUCUGUUGUACCAAAUGUAAAUUAUAACCCAGGUGAAGAGACACAAAUCAAUGAAUAAAUAAAAUCUAAAUACGAAUCUGUAAAAAAUCUAAUUAAUAAUGUACAGUAUAAAGAGGUGCAAACCUCCUGAUAUUUUAGCCUAAUAGACCUAAAAAGUCUACAGGAAACAUGCUGUAUUUCUACAGGUUGUAGAAACGUUUGUGUAUUAUCUUUUUUUAGCAUAUCUCAUUGAGCUCCAAGAGGUUAGUGAGUUAAGUGAAAAAGACAAAACUGUAUUUAAGUCUCUAUGAACUUCUAAACAUUGCUUCCAAGCUAUAUGGUGCUUUAAAAUUAAUGGUUUGUCAGAUUUAAUUCUUUUUACUUUGUUUGGCAGUUACAGCAAGAUAUGAUUGGCUUGUUUUUCUUUUGUUUUUUUAAGAGAAGUACAUAACAAAUGUAAUCAUUACCAUAAUUUCAUUACAACACGUUAAAGCUAUAAAUGUAAUUUGUAGAGAAUGAGUUACAUCUGAAAGUUUCUUUUCCUUGCGAUUUGUAAGGUAUGUAUAGUAUUAGUGAAAAUUUCUGUCAUUAAUUACAUUUAGCACCAUGGCCAGUCUCAAAAUAUAAAUGGUGUAUUUUGUAUGUUACAGUGAUUGUGAUUCUUCAGACAGCAGCUUUUUUUUUUGUUUUGUAAAAUGUAAAAAAAAAUAUUUGUGUGUAUAAGUUAUUAUGAGUAAUAAGCUGUGAUGUAAAAAACCUGAUUUUUUGAGGAAGCAGAUUUUUGGAUACAAGAUUGCUUAACUUGAAAAAUAGAAAAAAGGUUAUUAAGAAGAACUUUAUAUUUUCAAACUAUGUUAUAUUGAUAACUGUACGUGACCUUCAAAACAGGUUUAUCAGAAUGUUUACAAUCUAGAAAAUGGCAGCUGUAAUGAAAGGUGAAAAAAACUAAAUAUGAUGGGUUGUAACAGAAAUGCUUAUUUUUUGCUGAUCUUCACUUUGACAAAUUUUGAAUAUCGAGUUCAGACAAUGUGAAAUAAUGAUCACGGAAAACACUUGCA